AUGGAGGAAAGUGGGGACCAGCUAACAUUGCAGUCUACUGACCUUCCCGUCCCAGUAAAGUGCGAGGGGACCGAUGGUGUAGCCGCCGAGAGCGCGGCGAUGGACGAAAGUUCGGCCGGGAUCGAAGCGGGGCCGGAAAAGGCGCCGGAACCGGAAGCUGCUCCUGAAGCAGCAGUCGAGCCGGAGGUGGCGGCGGUGGCCGUGUCGCCGCCGGAUUCACUCGCUAUACCGAGGGACGCCUCGUCGGCAGACAUCAAUCAGAAGUCGCCCAAUGCUGAGAUUGAGCAGGGAAGCAUCAAGGAUCAGCUCCACGAAAUCAUUUCCGAAAUUGAGAAAGAUAUCAAGGCAAGACUUCCCUUCUGCCUCAUCAGAGUCCCUGACAAACACGACCUUCGAGGCCCAACAAUAAGUUUAGACGACAUGACGAGUACAAAGCUGCCCGGAUACCCUGACAGGCUCAGCAUAUCCACGAACCAGACACAAACGACGCACAACACGAAAACGUUCAAUGGCAUGACCUUGUUCAAAGUGAACAGGCCGUUCAGUGCUCUGUGUGACAGCACUCCCGGUAAAGUCUGGACCCCUACUUCAGACACUUAUUCACACGAGCCUGUCGCAGUUGUUGAUUCUUCGAGGGACCAAGAGAAUGUUUCAAAUGCCGAAGAAACGGGUCAAAAUAAAACUUCCGGGGCAGAGUUUGGGAACCUUGCCGCCGGGCUAAUUUACCCAUCAGCUGGUCAAACGGAAAACAAAGAAAACGUGUCGGAAACUGAGCAAACCCCGCUCGACAGCCAUUUUGAAGGCCCGUCUUCCAACAGCGAGCGUCGAUUUAGUCUGGAGAAAAUAAUGCAGCCUGCAAAUGACGCAGUUUUGAUAGCACCACGACGACGUAAAAUGUUCGGUUCCUCGUCUUUUUAUAAUGAGCCGAGGAAUAUCUAUCCAACCGUGGAGGAGCAGUUCGAGUUGGCGAGGAGGAUCUCGGAGAGCUUGAGCGCCGACGACAACAAAACGUCGAAGGGUCAGACGAUGUAUGUGAAGCGGAAGAAACGGUCAGUGAAAUGGAUAACCGAAAGUCCCGAUCGCAUGACCGAGCCGCCGCCGCUCGCGAACACAACCACGACUUCGCUAGAAACUCAUUCCUUCGAACAGCAGAGCACAUCAGAGACGUCAACGCACUCGACUUCAGUUGUCAGUGCUGGUGAGGCGCCGGGAAACCAAGAUGUCGAGGGAAUACAUCGCACUCCGAGUUUGAAGUUCGUCUUGAAUCCUACCCACGUGAAGGAUGCUCUGAGUCUCAGGAAUUCUGCAAUUUACAACGACCACGCUAAGCUUUCCCCUGAAGUCUUUUCGGAUCUAGUCAAGGAUCUCAAUUCACCAGUUGGCAAAGGUGCGCAACUAUUCGCAAAGCGGAAGAAGAAGGCUGAAAAGUGGAUCGUUGACGAGACAACUGUUCGGACGAACCCGGCUGGCAUCACGGAAGAGAACAAGGCGGAAGUACCCGUGGUACAGCCCUUAACAACACCGGUUCUUCCUCAUCAUCCUCCCGUGACUCCCCUCGGUCACCUCAUCAUGGAACAAAACCAAGAAAUAGAGAAAAGACUGCAGCAACUGAAGGCCAACAAAGUGAAGUUGGUGAAGUCGCCGUGGGAAGCUGCCCUGGAGACUGGAUCCGUGGACACGGCUUUUACUGCGGAGCCCCUGCUGCCUUUCUCAACCACACCCCAAGGGGCUUCACAACCUGUGAUGAACAGAACCCUGGACGACAGCUCCAUCAGCCACAAUGGGGACGUGAAGAUGCGACAAGCCCGCCCGAGGGACAAGAGUCAGCGGCCCUUCAGCAUGCGAGAGCACUCCUGCGACACAAUCCUGAACUCCUUUCCCCGGGGCUGGGACCCGAAUCGGACCAUGUCAAAUUUGCCUCGGAGCAUUCAUCGCCCAAUGUUCAGCCCUGGGCACUUGCAGCACCUGGAGCCAGAGCCAGCAGUACAGCAUUCACCGAAGCAGCAACAACAUUUAAUUCUGGACCCCAGGGUGGAACCUCUGGCACAAUGUCCCGGUGUUCAGCAGCAUGUACCAAAACAUGAUGACGCUUCACUGAAACAUGUGCACCGCCGCUCCAUGGCUGACUUCGGGAAUUAUAACACCAUGCCCCGUGGCUGGGAAAAGGUUCAAAGGUGGACUCACCGAUACAGCAGCAAGGGCGGACAAAUGCUGAUUUUGUUCCACCGGCAAGCCGGGCAUGAAAGACACAAGUCCUGA